AUGGGCUACCCAUUUUGGGCGAGACAGAGCGGGGAUACCGCUCUCCGCAGUAUUUUCAUUGCGCUAGUCGUGGCACUUUGCAUCUCCCUUUUGGUUCAUCAUGAACUGAGAUUACUUCAAUCCACUAUCAUAGGCAUCACUGUCCUUCGUCUCCUUGUCGUUCCUGGGCUCUCUUUGCUCGUCGCUGCAAGCAGAUCUACCGUUUCCCCUACCGAUAGAGCGCAUGAGUACGAACAUGAUCGACAGGCACGUCAGGGACGCGGCCAGCACCCCUCCGAUGGUAGUAGACACGACGAAGAGGAUAACGAAGAACACCAGGUCCACCAAACCCUCCUGACUGUUGCUUCAUUGGCUCUUGUCCUGCCUGCCCUCUUCUUUGCAGGUUUAGAUAAACGUGCGUUUAAUAAUCUCAAUUUACCUUCUGUCGUAAAAUGCACACAAUACUACGAUAACAGGAGAAAUCGCGCCGACCUCGAACACACGCGAAGAGCUGGUCUCGAUAAGCCAGGGGAUAGCUGUCAUCCUUCUUUCCACGAGCCUCCUUCUCCUCUGCAUCCUCCUGCAUCCUCUCCCCCGCCCAUCAGCAUCCCUCUUCCCUCCACCUCGCACGCCCAACAUAAUCAUAACCUGCUUUUUCAACCGCCGUAUCCCAUAACGAAAGAACACGAGCAUCCCCAACGACGACCGACUGUCCAUGUUCAGCCAGAACCGCAAAUCAACAUCGCGGCAUGUAUCCUACUCAUCCUCGUCUCCCUUAUUUCUAUGUGUAUCACCACUUAUUUCCUCGUCUCCGCCGUACAUGCGAUGCAUACAUCUUCCUCCUCCUCGCUCAGAAGUGUUCGGGUUCAAGCAGAGUUAUUGGCCCUCAUUGUCCUCCCGAUCAUCUGCAUCGCAGGCGACCUGCUAUUAUAUUUAUUCUAUUUCUUUCAAUGUAUCGCUAGCGCAUUGUCCUGCAAAUUCACCUCCACCACUACCACCGACACCAACACCAAUAUCACGACUACUACUCACACCUACCCGUCCUCCCACCCAACACCUCCCUCCUCACCUUCGUCACGACUUGCAUUGCAACUGACGACCCAAUUCCUGCUCUUCUGGACCCCUUGUUUCCUAUUUAUUUGCUCCCUCAUCUCCCUCGCUACGCCUCGAUGGGGAACGCCGCCUUCUUCGCUGUUGCUGCUGUUCGAUGUUUUUGAGGUAGGGAUUCUGUUGGCUGCGUGGUUGUUGGCUAGCUGGUGCUAUUGCGCGGGUGAAGACCGUGGGGAUGGGCACGGCGAAGGUAGCUGGGAUUCGGAGAGGAGGGGUCAGGGGGUUGACGUGAGGAAGGAGUCGAGGAGGGUGAAGAGGGCCCAAGGAGCUUUGAUGAUCAUUUUCUAUGUCAUGAUUGCUAUAACUGCAUGGUCGUACCCCGGUCAACCAGAGUUCAAUCGGUUGCUUUUAUCGACUACUACUUCGAAUAGUCCGAAUACUCGAGAUGGAGGGGCUCCUUCCGUCACGUCGUUCGCCUCCACCUUGGAGCCCCUAUCGGUGGUACAGACCCACUUACCUCCAACGACGGCCACUGUUCUGCCUCUCGCACCCACGCAGGGAACAGCGCGUGAAGGCGACGGUGACAUUGAAGACGACGACGAUGAAUUUGAGGAUGAAGAAUAUGUAAUUGGCGAAGAUGAAGAUAGCGAAUUUGAUGAUAGACUCGUCGAUGUUCUCCGUUUGCUCGUCCACGUAGUUUGA